GUUAAAGUCAAUCAGCGGAGACGUGUCCUCAGUGGAGCUGCAGGAUCUGAACCUGUGCAGAGGACAGAGAUGGAGUGGCGUCAGCAGACCAGUGUCAGCUGUGCACACGCGUUCAACGAGGCCCAGCGCUGGAUCCAGGUGGUGACUGGAAAGUUGUUUGGUUGCAGUGACUUCCGAGCUGCCUUGGAGAAUGGAGUCCUGCUCUGCGAUUUGAUCAACCAGUUGAAACCCGGCAUCAUAAAAAGAGUAAACAGGCUGUCCACUCCCAUCGCUGGCCUGGACAAUGUGAACGUGUUCCUGAAAGCCUGCGGGAAACUGGGACUGAACGAGUCCCAGCUGUUUCAUCCAGGAGACCUGCAAGACCUGUCCACUCGCGUCACUCUCAGACGCGAUGAAAGCAGCAGAAGACUGAAAAAUGUUCUGAUCACCAUCUACUGGUUGGGCCGCAAAGCUCACCUGGACGCGUUCUACAGUGGACCUCAGCUCAACUUCAAGGCCUUUGAAGGACUCUUAGGUUUGGCCUUGUCUAAGUCCCUAGACGAGUGCUGGUACCCGGAGAGGGAGGAACCUCAGCGUAUGAGACGGAGCUAUAAGAGGGAGAACUCUGUGGACUGUGUUGACUCACCGGACUCCCGGCCCCUCCGCCAAAACAGUGAAGGUUGGGGAAGUGAUGCAGAAGCUGAGCAGGUCUUCAGAAUGGAGACCUCACAGCACCCAGUCCAUCAGACUAGGGGUCAUAUCCCGCAACCACUUCUACGGAGAAAGCAGAGACGAGAGGAGAUUGGAAGCGACGGUCCACUCACCAGAGCAUAUCACAACCAGGUCAGGCCUGAGACUCCCGUUCAGGUCAACCCUGGCUGGAUCUGGAGUAAAUCUCUCAGCGACAUCCCGAUGUUCUACCCUGUGCGUAAACUCCCCAAGCAGAACACCGGUCACGAUGGGGGCCAGGACGCUGACACGGCAGAGGAGUGGCAGCAAGAAGACGCAGAGACGGGCAGCGUUCCCGGCAAGGAGAGCGACGCUCAGUGGCAGGAUGACUUGACAAAGUGGAAGAAUCGUCGCCGGAGCUCCAACACAGACCACCGCAGGAAGUCGCUGGACCGAGAGCAUGUGAUCAACGCCUGCUCUCUGUCCAUGACCAAUAGGGCCGUGAGCAACUCUAAGAACGACACCCAACGCGGCGCGAUGCUAAAGAGAGACCAGCCGCCACCACACAGGUGUAACCCCGCCCCCCGGCUCCACUCCACCGCUCCUCCGUCCAAAUCAUCAAGCUCUGAUCUCCGGCCACACACUCGAGCUCUGCUGUCCCGCGGCUACGCCACUGAGGCACCUUACAGGCCCAGGGUGACGCUCAUCACCUACAACUCAGCCAGUACGCAGGGAUCACUGGUUGGCGCCAUGCCUGCCUCCGAUGGGACCAUCCUGGGAGAGGAGACCCACUUUCCCUCCCUGGCCUCAGAGGGAGCAGGAGCCACCACACCCUCGGUAGACUUCCCGUUCAGCUCUCAGACUCAGGUCAAAGCUCAGGGCAGACCAGCUCCUCUCCAGCCCACAUCUGAACCGGCUCAGCCCCAGAACGUUCCUAUAAAUAAAAUCUCCACUCUGGUCACCACCUUGCAGCCCAAGGAGGCCACAAAAUCCACCUGCACAGCAUCUAUGUUGAAUCACAAGGAGCUUCCACCCUGCAUCGAUCCAGCCGUUCCCACCUUUGGUGCUGCUCCAGUGAAUCAGACGUCUCUGGAGGACACGUCCCAGGAGGGGAUCCUUAAGAAGACUAGGGAACCAGCUGAGAAAACCGCUGCUACCUACAAGUACUUGUCCAGAACUGUGUCGUGGUCCGGCUCGGCCAGCCUGCCCCGUGGCUACCGGCGGUCCGAGGGCUCGUCCCGUCUCUCCUCUUCGAUCACAGCGAGACCCUUUGGGACCAAGCAGUCGAGGAUGUCUUCGCUUCCGAGACUGUGCACUGUGGACGGCAGCGGUUUGCAGUUGAACAGCGAGACAGAAAAAUGUCUUUAUCCACCCACGAAAUCUUCUCUUAAAAGACAGACUGCAGCCAGUCACCUGAGGACUUCACUCAGACUGAAGAAAACCAGCCAGAUGAAGCCGAUUCUCUCCACUCAGUCCUCCCUCAAGACCAACGGGUUUCACCAUCAGCCCUGCACCCAGACCCAGCCACUACCUUAUUCAACCCUUCAGGCCGAGCACUACAACAGCUCCACUCUGCCGACAACUACCAAGGUGGAUCACAGUAACAUGAGAGUGAGCCUUACCCUUAAACCCAAACGGGUACCAGACUUCGGUUUAGAGACUCACUGGGACUCGACAGGAGCGAGAGUAAAGUUCAUCCAGCCCGGCAGUCCAGCGGAGCUCUGCCAGCUGCGUGUGGAUGAUGAGAUUGUGGCUUUUGAUGGAGUGGCGGUGGCACACAUGAACUACAACCAGUGGAAGGAUAGAAUGGCGUCCGCCCUGCAGACCGGCAAUUUGAGCAUGGACAUUAGACGCUAUGGCAACAAGGAUUGGAGCUCCAGUGAGGGGGAUCAUCCCGACCAGCCGGGCAGGAGCAGGAUGACCCUCAAUCUGACGGCCGCAGCGCCCGGUCUGAUAGGUUGUCCCGAUCACCAUGCCAACCGAACUGCCUCUACAGAAACCGCAGCUUUGAAACUCAACGGGCACAAAGGCAGCGUUGAACAAGGUGAAGUCUUGGAUGGAGGAUCUGCUGAAGGCCACAGCACGGCCAAAAGCAAAGACGUUAAUAUAAUGAUCAGGAACAAUCAGAAAAGGAGGGCAGAGUUUUUCAGACAGAGAGGAGGUUCCGAAUCUGCGAUAUCUGAUCUCCAGGUGCCGUCCCUCAGCCCCUCCUCAUCCAGCUGGUCGUGGGACCGAGAGGAGGAUCGACGGCGACAGGAGAAGUGGCAGGAAGAGCAGGAGCGCCUCCUACAGGAGCAAUACCAGCGGGACCAGGAGAGACUGGAGGCAGAGUGGCGCAGGGCACAACAGGAUGCGACUGGGGACUUGUGCAGGAAGUCGGUGCAAACCACCUUCCAGAUGACCAAUGGCGGUGCGGGCCCUGCCAGAACGCAGCUCCAUGUGAAUGCCCUGUCAACCAGAGCUGCAGGAGAAGAGCAGAGGCCUGACGGAGACGAGCUGAACGAGUCGGGACGUAAACCUCAGAGUGAUGCACGCGGACAGCAGAGGGAAGCCAUCGCUGAACAAGACUGGGCUGUGGAAUCCUGUGGCUUUGCUCAGCUGUCUACUGCACACAGGGCGAAGUCUUUGUCCUCCCCGGCCUUAGCUGGCUCCCACAAACAGACGCGAGGUGAUCAGAGGAAAAGAAAGGGACAGUCCCUGUGUAAGAGUGAGCAGGACAGGCAGCAGAUUUUGGAGGAGAUGAAGAAAAGGACUCAGCUUCUGAGAGACAACAGCUGGAUACGUCCGCGCAGAAGCAGCUUUCCCAAGGAACCAGUCUACGGCGUGGAUCCUCUGAAGAGGUACGAGUCUCUGGACGACCUGGACGCUUUGCGUCACCCCCCAGUUUCAUCCGCCACAUUCGGUUUCCCUCGUCCACACUCAGCUGCAGGCUCCUGCGCCCCGAGCAGGAACUGCUCCUCCCGCUACAGCACCGGAGCCAUUCUAUCCAGGAAAUAUGUAUCCAUGGACCCAGUUCAUCACGGCAGUGUGUGGGCUGCCGCCGAUGUUUCGGAGGAACUGAACCUGGAGUCCAGGUUCGAACCUGCAAAUGGAAACCCCACUGUGAGCUAUGACCAAGUCCAGUACACUGGCUCCUCCUACAUGUGACCGACAUGCAGUGCUCCGGGUCACAGAGUGAGCAGCCGAAUAUAAACUGCGGAAGUGCAGUGGAAACAGUCCACACAGCCGAGCCGUGACCUUUGUCUCUUACAGUAACUGUUUGUGAAUUUAAGAUGUUGAAGUUCUGUGGAUCCUCAAGCAAAGAUUCUGAAUCGUUGCUUUUUAAUCAAAUGUGCUACUUCCUGUCUCUUUUCAUGCUAAUUUAUUUCCCAGCAAAUGUAGAUUAAUAUAUGAAAUAAAGCAGUAAAGAGAUUUAUUAUAAUUGUAAUUAGUGUUUGGUUAAUGCUUUUAUUGUAGUGUUAGUGAUGCUGUUCAUUAAAUCGUUUUGUUGUCUUGGAUCUGAGCCCGUUAGUGUGUUAAAUACAGAUAUUUCUUGUUGAUGUAAAUCAUGUACGGUGGCACAUUCUAAACACUGUUCUGUUGAAAUCUCACCAUGUGCACUUUGGGGUGAAUAAGUCAGUGGUUUACAUAUAACAGAUGUAUUUCUCACAUGAAAAUGGGCGUCUUAACUGAAAUAAUUUUGUAAAUAAAGUGCACUGAACAUUA